AUGGCUACUGGAGAUGACGAGUAUAAGGUCGAGCUCCACAAAGUUGUUUUAGUCGGGGAUGGUGGUGUCGGUAAAUCAGCUAUAACUAUACAACUUACGCAAGGCCAUUUCAUCGUUGAUUAUGACCCCACAAUUGAGAAUUGUUACCGAAAAACUUUGACUGUGGACAAUCGCAUUUGUGUGUUAGAUAUUUUAGAUACUGCUGGACAAGAAGAGUAUGCCAGUAUGCUCGACCAGUACUUUAGAAACGGUCAUGGAUUUCUUAUUGUAUACAGUGUGACUGAUAGAAACAGUUUUGAAAGCAUUAAGAAUUAUCAAAGUAAAAUAUUGCGAGUGAAAGAAGCGUCGAAUUUCCCGAUUGUGUUUGUUGCAAAUAAAGUCGACUUGGUGAAAGACCGCGACGUCACCGAGAAGGAAGGCAAAGAGAAAGCAACUGAACUCAAAGUGGAGUAUAUUGAGACUUCUGCAAAGAACAAAUUAAACAUCGAAGAAGCGUUUUAUACCCUUGUUAGAUCUAUUCGAAAGCAACACACCACAACCGAUUCCGGGGAGAGCGAAGACAAGAAGCCGAAGAAGAAAAAGAAAGGCGGAUGUUUUUUGCUUUAA